AUGUCCUUGGAAAACUUCCAGUCGCUGUCGAAAGAACAACAGGAGAAGCUCCUCAAUGGCCCUGCCCUCGCACCGCCUCCGGGUGUAGUACCCAAUCUCGAUAACCCUCCACAGCAUAACGCUGGUGCCCACGCUCUUUUGGCUAUUUGUCUGAUCUUGACUGUUUUUGCGCUUUCGAUCCGCGCAUACUCCCGAAUAUUCCAGUCCAAGAGUUUGCAGGUCGCAGACUACCUGGCUGUCAUUGGAUUUGGCUGCUAUGUCGGAUACAUCUAUAUCAACUAUUGGUUUAUGAAUACCAGCGGCUUCUUUGUCCAUCAAUGGGAUGUUCGCAUGCGUGAUGCCUUCACGGUUUCUUACAUAAUACAUGUUGGAACCAAUCUUUACGGAAUUGCGGUUCUUGGCCUAAAAGCUGCUAUUCUAGUUGAUUGGAUGGGCAUCUUUGUUCCUCGGGGCUCACGGACACCGUUCUGGUGGGCAAGCGUUUUGGUGUUGAGCCUCAACACGCUGUGGUACUUGUCCAACCGGAUCAUGGAGAAUUUUCACUGCAUACCUUUCAAAAGGAUAUGGGAUUUAACCGUCCCCGGCACGUGUUACGAUUGGACGUACGGCCUCCUGGCGGCAUCUUCUAUUAACGUCAUCUCAGAUUUCGCCAUCUUUAUCCUUCCCCAAGCAACCAUCUGGCGACUGAAUAUGCCACGGAGAAGGAAGAUAGGCCUUUCUGUUAUAUUCAUGCUCGGUCUUCUCGGGUGCGUCGCUGCCACUAUCCGACUUGCCCAAACAGUCAAAUAUGUUAGAUCUGAUGACAAAGUAUAUACUGUGAGCUCUAUGACACUUGCUGCUGUUGCUGAAAUGACCUGCGGGUUCAUCGUCUUUGGGCUACCAUACUCAGUCAAGGUCUUCAACGGUGAAAAUCUAUUAUUAAAGCUGGUCUCCUCGCUUAUUUCCUUGAUAGGAUUGGUCAGUAAGAAGCAGACUGGGUCGAAUCGGGACCCAGGACACAGAUGGUCACAAACUCCUCAAGGUGUGAAGCCUAGUGAGGAGUAUCUGAUACUUGACGACAACGGGAUUCCCUUAGCGCCACGCCCCACUUCAAAAGAUGCCUCUACUGUGGUCACGCAAGUCUGA